UUUUACUAGAGAUUACAUGAACAAUCAAUGUUGAAUGAGUACUUAGAAUUAAGUUUAAACUUAAUACGAAAGAUUAGGAAAUUUGUACGUAUGUGUGAAUGCGAUAUUGAUGUAGUAAUAUAUAAAGAUGUGUUGCAUUUUAUCGGUAAAACAGCGAUCUCAUCGGAGUACGGACUUCACUCUACUGUCAGUAGAUCGGAGCAUUCGGAGUUUCGGAGCAUAAUGGAAUAAAUCCAUCAUGGCGCCGCCGGUGAAAUCACGGUGCGCGUGCGCGUGCAAAUUCCUCCGGUAAAUAUCGGCUUUUCAGAAAUUCAGUCAUUCAGUCUGGAGUUUCUGUCCGUAUCGACCUGCUGUUCAAUUUCUAGAGGCGAGAAUCGUUAAGUAAAGAAGUCUCGAGUUUCGGACCGGCUCGUCUCCCGAUUCUGUGCGAGUGGAACGGAGUGUGUGGAUACGUAUUUAUUUCCGAAAGCUGUCUGCUGUGAAUCCGCUAAUCGAAUAUUCGCAAGUGAUAAGUUCGCCAUUUGCAAAUACAAUAACGCGCAAUAUCGCAUAAGAAUUUUUUUGUAAACUUGUACGAGCUGACAGUUAUUUAAUCUCACCAAAGAAGUGUCUCAAAGGAUACUGAUAUUUCACAGUUGAAAAUGGUGAAAGUAGCGCUAUGGAUUACAUGCAGACUCGACAACAUCGAAGAACUAAAGCCGUCAGGACCCGAGUUCAGAUGGUGCCUCAAGUUCAUUUGUUGUAACUGCAGCAAUAAAUCAGAGAAGUGGAACUAUGUCUCCCUAGACGAGUCGGUGCCAUUGCAACGGGGGGGCAGCGGGGUGUCCAAUUUUGUAUUCAAAUGCAAAUUCUGCCAACGAGAAAACUCUGUGACGAUAAUCGAGGAUUCAAUUAAGUCCUUCACUGAGAAUGACCAGGGAAAGUUUAAGAGUAUCGUUGUAUUUGACUGCCGAGGUGUGGAACCAGAUAACUUCUCUGCGGGGGAAGGAUGGAUAGCCAAGGCUGUGAAUGGUGGCAAGGAAUUCACCGAUGUGGAUUUGAGUGAGGGCGAAUGGGAGGAUUAUUGCGACAAGAUUAUGGAACCUGUUGGAAUAUACGAGUUUCAGCAUAUGUUCCAGAGGGUCAAGUGAAAUCGUGUUUGGAAGAUAUAUCUACCUGCUGCGCAUUUUAAUCAUCAAAAUUUUAUAACAGAUAACGGAUUUUCCUGCUAGUUAAUGAAAAAGCGACACGUGUCUGUUACGUGUAAAUAUGUAAAGAUAUGCAUUACAAUCUUUCAUGCCUCUUUCACUUCUUGUGCACAGAUUGUUAAUAUAUAAAAUGAUAUAAAACUAUACAGGAUUGUUAGAUUUCUCAUCAAAAGGAUAAUUUAACUCAGAUUCCAUUCAUCAUAUAAUAGUUAAUAAUAAUUUUGUUAGACCUCAUAAAAAAAUAUCUUACUUAGACUUAAAGUUUAAGAGAAUAUUGUUACACACACGUACGUACGACAAAUGUCAUGAAUAUGUUUGUGUAAAGAAGCACAACUUGCUAUAUGAUAAGAAUUAUUGCUUUGUAAUAAACGUAUAGUCAUUUUGUAAUUUGGAAUAUCUCUUCUUUGUAUAGAAAUGUACGUCCUUUGGAGAUGGAGUAAUAUUUUCGCACGCACAGAAAUGUUUUCGAGAUCCUCUCUCGUCAAGGCAAAGAGUAAAAGCAAUACCAAUCCAACGACAUAAUAUAAUUUAUUCAUAAUCAUAUAAAAAACCAUUUUAUUUCAUAAAUGGCUUAGUACACAAGAGAUGUCGUUUGCAACAAUAAUUCCACUUUGCCUCCUAGCACAUUCGGAGUUGCCGAUCCAUACCCUGCGUGAAUAAUCGAGUGACUAGUGUCGUUUUGCGGCAAGGGCGAUGCUCGGAAAAGCCAUGCGGCUUACCGAUUCGCGAAUCGAUCCGGACAACUUGCCUCUCCUCCGUCACCGUGACGCAAACUGCAUUCUUGGAAUGUCGAUGCGAUCGCAUAAAAAUCAUCGAACUUAUGACAACGACGCACUAAUCUCGCCUUACGAUUAUAAAAAAUUAAAAUAUUCCUUGAUUAAAAAAUUAUGUUAUAUA